GGGAGGGAGCUGCCGGGUGACAGGCGGUCACAGGUGCUGCUCCUGCCUCUUGAGUCACGGACAGGCGGCUCUGCGCCCCAACCAGCAGCUGCUCCCCUGCCCCCUCCUUCAAGACGGCUGCGGCGGCCAGCCCCGAGCCAGCUCCUCACAGGCGGCCUUGCAGAAGGAGCAGGCGCCCUGGGAAGCCGGACUCACUGGCUGCUGCAGUUUGGGAGUCUGAAUAGGCAUUAAAAGAGAUGGUUUUCUUGAAUUUUGGAAGUAAUAGAAUACUUGGUCACCCAUUCCUCACCUGAAGGACUGUCAUUCUUAAACUUGGAAGGCUUUGUAUUGGAGUUCUUUAGCUUUCUGAAUUCCCAGUUUCCUUUCCCAGAAGAAAUGGACCUUAUGUAGGAGAGGCAUCCAAGUUAAUAAUGUGACAAAGAUAACACUGAAGGCCUGCUGGAGGAAAAAACACAUUCUUAUAAGUGGCUUGCUUUUUUUAUAAAAGACCAUCAGAAUUGGCAAACAAAAUGCCAGCUAAGACACCCAUCUACCUGAAAGCUGCCAAUAAUAAGAAAGGGAAGAAAUUCAAAUUAAGGGAUAUUUUGUCUCCUGAUAUGAUCAGUCCACCACUUGGAGACUUUCGUCACACCAUACACAUUGGGAAAGAGGGACAACAUGAUGUGUUUGGGGACAUCUCAUUUUUGCAAGGAAACUAUGAGCUGUUACCUGGGAAUGAAGGAACACCAAGAGUUGGUCAAUUAGGACAUAAUGAAUUUUUAAGGGCAAACAGCACCUCUGACUCCAUGUUUACAGAAACUCCUUCACCAGUGCUCAAAAAUGCUAUCUCCCUUCCUGCCAUUGGGGGUUCUCAAGCCCUUGUGUUGCCCUUACUGUCACCAGUGACAUUUAAUUCAAAGCGGGACUCCUUUGGGCCAUCAAAGAAUCCAAGGCUUAGUUGUGAGCCAGUGAUUGAAGAGAAUUUGCAGGAGAAAAGCGAACAGCUGGAGAAUGGGGAAAUGUACAAAGAUGACAUCCUAUGGGAGCCAAAUGGUUCUGCAUCGUAUUAUACUAAUAGCAGAAAUAGUCAUUCAUCCAGUUUUUCUGAACAAUGCACAGAUUGGCAAACAGUUGACCUACUUGAUGACAGUCCUCUUUCAUGUGAACUAACCAAGGCAGAGAUUAAGUCAGAAGAAUCCCUUUCAGAUCUUGCAGGUUCCCUUCUUUCAUUGCAGCUUGAUCUGGGACCCUCACUUCUAGAUGAGGUCCUCAAUGUAAUGGACAAAAACAAAUCCUAGAAGAGUUGUACUUUUUUUUUGCUUCUUUGUAAAUGACACAUUUGUUUAAAAAAAAAAAAAACAACCUGAAGAAUAUAUAUAUUAAAAGAUCAGCUGUAUUUGCAGUUUUGAGUUUUCUAAAUCUUAAAAUAUUUUUUUAUGUUUUUCAUGGGCUUUGUAAUAUGGUGAACAUCUCCUAUAGCAAGAGGAUAAAAUUGUAAAGUUUUCUGCAACUGUAAAAAUGUCUUAAUACCAGUAUUAGCUAUCAAACUUUAACUGUUGCUUGGAUAAUACUAGUGAUCAUUAGCUUAAUUGACAGUCUGUAAACAAGAGACGUAAUUCUUCAGUUCAUAAGUCUCUAGUAUCUCAAGGCUGUCUUACAUGUAGGAUUCUUACUAGAAUCCUACUUUUUAACUAGUAAGAUUUAUUUUAGCUGCAGUGUAACUAGGUCUUCAGUGCUAAAACUAUUGCCUAGUGUUCAAAUAUGAGCAACUUGCUUGGGGGUCUUUCAGUUUAAAUCUGGGCCAGAGCCUCAGGUGCUCUACUUCUGCAUACACCAACUUAGUCCAGUUAAUCUGGCCCAAUAAUCUAUAGAUGAGACCAUCUGGUGUAAACACAGGUAACACAAGCAAAAUAUUAAUGUAUUUAAUUUUAAAGGUUACAAUACAUGCUUAUUUGGUUUUUAUUGCAAAGUCUACAUUUGCAGAUAGAGUAUCAAAGUAGUUGCUUGACUUCAUUGGCGGUCCUUCGUAAACAGCAUUUUUGAGUGUUUGGACAGUAUGUAUAGCUAACUUAGCCUUUUCCUUCAUUUGCUACCUGAAAUGCUUAAACUUGCAACUGAUUGUGAGCUUUUAAAGAAGGCACUAAUUACGCAUUAUGUAAAGAGACUGUGUGCUGCAACACUUUGGGGAAAUGUGGAUCCUUUACUAUAGUACAUAGAUACUCUGUGCAAUACAAUAAAUAACAAGUGUUUAAA